ACGAUGUAAUGUAUAAACAUAUAAAAUUGAAGCACAAAGUACAAGUAGACGUAUAAACUAAAAGAAGACACAGAAUAACAAAAUUAUUGAGUAUAUAUUUUUUAGGAUUCUUAAUUUAAAGACUGGCUAAUACAUUGCAACUGAAAUUCAUCUAAUCAAAGAAAAUCAGGAAAUUAUUAGGUUACAUUUUACAUCUUUAUUCUAAAUUAAAAACAUAUUGAAAAUGUGGAAGGGGGAAGACUACACAGAACAAUUCUCAAUGGAGGCAUAUAUGAGAGACUUCUAUAGCGUUGAAAAUAUUCUUCACACAGAGUCCCCAAAAGGAAAGAUGAGGAGAUUCGCCAUGAAGACAUUCCAUGAAAUCUUUGAAAAAAUUUCAGAUAGUGGUAACUAUGGUGACCGGCUCUUCAGUUUCGGGACAGGACCAGGUGUACUUGAAAUUAUAAGUGCAAGUCGUUACUUCCCCAACAUCUCAUGCAGUGAAUUCAUAGCUGACGGACGCAAAGAGAUUGUAAAGUGGCUAGAGAAAGAUCCAAAUGCAUUUGACUGGUCACCAUUUAUCAAACACAUAUCCAAAAUGGAAGGAAAUGAGAGUAAAUGGGAGGAGCGAGAAAAACAGCUCCGUGAUGCAAUAACUGCUGUUAUACCUUGCAACUGCCUGGACCCCACAAACAUGACAGAACCAAAUUACUUAAAGCCGUUUGACACACUUCUCACAUCAGGAGUCCUUGACUGCUCAUGUCCAGAUAUAGCCACCUAUAGGGCACAACUGAAACUACUAAUUAGGAAGUAUUUAAAACCUGGAGGACAUUUUAUUCAGCUCGGUCCACUAGAAGCUGACUCAUGGAUCGUAAAUGGCAAGACAUUCCAUGCUUUAUACAUGACCAAAGAGGAUGUGUAUUCUGCAUGGGAGAAUGCAGGUUUAAAAGUUGAGCAAUUUUAUUUUCUUAAGUAUGGUGAGGAGGACAAAUUUAGCGAUGCUAACUAUAAAGCAACCUUUAUUGGCAAGGGCAUCAAACUGUGAAAGGACAAGUCUCUGUUUGGAGAACAAUCUCCUGGGCUUAUAAUUUUUUAUGAAAAAUACAGAAAUAUCACUCAAAUUAAAUUAUGAAUAUUCAAAAGAGGACAUUUAAAACGAGAAGUCUAGACGAUCUUCAUGCAUAUU